GUUACGGUGUCUUGUUAAACAGCUGGAGAAGGGAGAAGCAUCUGUGGUGGAACUGAAGAAAAACCUGGAGUUUGCCGCCUGUCUCCUUGAAUCUCUCUGUCCUGAGGAAAACAGACAACUGGGGCACCAAGAUGAUGAGCUGAGUGAUAUCCAGUCAGACUCUGUACCACUGGAGGUUCGUGACUGGUUGGCCUCCACUUUUACACGGCAGAGAACCCUGUUGCUGCACCACAGUGAAGACAAACCACACUUCCGCAGCAUCGUCCGUGCAGUACAGGCUGGGAUCUUUGUGGAGAGGAUGUUCAGACGAACCUCCAACAUGACUGGUCUCAGUUAUUCCCUAAAUGUCAUCACUAUGCUUAAGCAUGUAGAUAUGUGGUCGUUUGAUGUGUUUGCACUGAAUGAUGCCAGCGGAAACCAUGCUCUGAAAAUUGUCUUCUUUGAACUGCUCAACAGAUAUAACCUGAUUAAUCGUUUCAAGAUUCCUACCUCUGCACUCACAUCAUUUGUGGAGUCACUGGAAAUGGGAUACAGCAAAUACAAAAACCCCUACCACAACUUGAUACAUGCUGCUGAUGUCACACAAACGGUCCAUUACCUGCUCAUUAAGAGUGGAAUAAUGCACUGGCUAACUGAGCUGGAGAUCUUUGCCAUUAUUUUUGCAGCUGCCAUCCAUGACUAUGAGCAUACAGGGACUACUAAUAACUUCCAUAUUCAGACCAGGUAAUUCCUACUGAGCAACAUUCAAAUUAUUGCAGUUUCUGAGGGGCUCUAGUGUUAUUUAAAAGUCGUAAAUAAUUUUACUUGUAAAACGCCCUCCCAGGGAGGCCCCCUCUUCCUGAAGGACCAGAGAGGGGUCUCUCUAGCUGUCUAUUGUCUAAUGUUGCCUGGGUGUCCCUGCCUAUAUCUAACCUACUCUACAAUACUUAACCAUGUGGAAUAAAGUGU